CCACACCACGCCAGCUUGCUGACCUUGGAAAGUGGAACGCGUCGUCCAAAUGACUGACCCCUCCUAGACAAGCAAUCCGCACGCUCUUCACGUCCGUCUACCACCAUGGCCUACAAACGACCUCGCCCGCCUUCUCCAACGGGCUCGCAGAAGCGCUCCCGUCCAUCGCAAUGCUAUGUCAAAUGCGGCACGCCGAUGUCCCUAGACGUUGACGGUGAUGACCAGGCCUUCGUGCCAGUGUGGAAGCAGAUAGUCACGGAUGAGCAUGGCCGUCGACGACUACACGGCGCCUUCACUGGCGGCUUCAGCGCCGGCUACUUCAACACGGUUGGUUCUAAAGAAGGAUGGACCCCAAAGGCCUUCGUUUCCUCCCGUUCCAGGCGGAAUAAGGACCAAUCGAGCCUGGCGACCCAGCGUCCCGAGGACUUUAUGGACGAUGAGGACUUCGCUGACGCCGCCGAGUCGCGUCAACUGGAGACGGACCAAAAUUUCGCUGGCAUCGGAGCCACUGGCGAGAGCGAGGGCGCACGUGACGAUUUCUUUGGGCUUAUGACUACUGAAGACGAGACCAUGGGUGUCAAGUUAAUGCAGAAGAUGGGCUGGCGCCGCGGUGAGGGCAUCGGCCCCAGAGUGCGUCGAUCUGCUCGCCUGGACGACGAUAAAGAAGGCACAGUUUCCAUGACGUCUGAGUCCGAGCAGCUGUUCGCCCCAAAGGAUACUCAUAUCAAGUUUUUUACACCCCGAAAAUUAAAAUGUAGCGGACUCGGCUAUCAAUCAGACGCCUAUCCUCUCUUGAAACCUAGUGACAGUGAGGUAAAACCUAGAGUAUCUCCCGCCCUUCUAUCCAUCGAGGGCGUGUCCAAGCACCCGAAGCCUAUGAAACCCGCUGUAAAGAGGACAGGAAUGGGUGUGGGUGUCUUGAACGACAACGGCUCCGACGAUGAAGACCCUUACGAGCUCGGCCCCAGAAUCUCCUUCAACAGAACCAUUGGCAAAGAUAAAAAGGCAAAAAAUCCCUCGACCAUCAAGCCCAGCAAGUUUGCGAAAGUCUCUACUGGUCAGAGGCACAUGUUCGUCCCCCAGAAGCAUAUUUCCAGAACUAGUUCUUCGGUAGCUAGGCUCUGCCACGAUGGAAGAUCCCCUCUCAGGGCCUUUAAACUACUAACAAUUACGGAUGGCUUUGAGAGUCGACACAAGCUUCCGCCGCCGAAGGUCCCAGGAGCGUGGAGGUCGUCAAAACAGGUGCCUGGUUCAGGAGCACGAGCUCAGUCCUUUCAAUCCGUUGCGGAUGCUGCAAGGUCUUCAACCCUCGACGCCAAGGGCCGCGCGACUGUGCUCGGUGAGAAGGCAUUGCCUGGCAAAUCGAUUUUCGAUUACAUUUCAAAGGAGGACCGAGACCUGCUUGCGGCUAAGACAGGAAAAAAUCUUCCUCCAGGCCUUGGACAGCCUCUCCCUAAGCAAAACAAAACCCGAGGAGUCACACAGCCGAACGAUCUCUGGACUUGGGUUCCAGCACUAGAUAAAGGCAUCGCUGCUGCCGCAUUGAGCAAAGGCACAACCGGCUGGAUGCCUUAUGGAGAAGACUCCAAGAAACGAGCAAGGUACACUAGCUUUUUAGAAGUCCGUGCCGGCCUGAAGGAUGGCCUUCCCGAACGAGUGCCUGGAACGACCAACGCCGACUGGGCCCAGGAACUGCGAGAAUUUGCGCAGGCCGCUCAAGUUUUCAAGCCUGUCCAAGGAUUAAUGGCUUCGCGGUUCACCUCAUCCACCUCAUCCACCCCCUCCGCUCACCCUGGUUCAGGAAGCGGUCCAUCGGAAAACACUCUUCUGCGCGCACCAACGACGAAGCCAGAUGAUCCAGCAGAGACGGCAGCUAAACUCGGUAUGUAUGGAGCCAUGACCCGGACUGCGGUCCCAUUCCAUCCAACACGGAUCUUGUGCAAACGAUUCAAUGUCAAACCUCCCCCGAACAUUUUAUAUGAAUCCGAAUUCGGUACUAGCGCUUCUUCGAAGACCCAAGAGCCUGUGUCUAAGGCAGCCAUGGAUCAAAUGUUUCAUGAAGCGAUGACUGCGGGUUCUGUGAUGCAGUACCCUUUAUUCAUGACACCACAAGCAAAAGGUUCUGCUUUAUUCUCUUCCGCUGAGCACGCGCCCGUGGACUCUGAAACGAAUGAAGCGCUUUUGAAAGAACGCGCUCCUGAUGAUGUAUUUCGCGCCCUCUUUGGAGAUGACGAUGAUAAUUGAGGACGCGAGGAGAGUCUCAUAACACUCACAGAGUUCAGAUGUCCUUGAAAGGUUACCUAGGUUCAACAGCAAAUUGUGGGCUUCUUCGGCAAGGGGCUGUUAUUAAACGACCCUUUACGCAAGGGCACAUCCCCAUUAAACCUUGUAAGCCUCCAACGGUAGGUAUAUAAUCCUUUCCGAGUCUACACAAGAAGAGCAUCUGCAGUGUCUGCGAGUAGAAGCCAUGCAAUAUAGAUCUCCUUCCGCUUGCUCUCUCCGCCCAUAGCGGCGGACUAGC